UGAACAGCAAGAAAGCUGCUCAGACAUCAUAAUUAUCUCAAAAUAAAAUAUGCAUAAUAUAAAUGGAGGGCAGUUUAGCAAUUCAACAGUGAACACUUGAUUCAAAAAUUCCUUUUGGAACCAAAACAUUUGUAAUUCUAACAUCCCACCAGCGAAUCACAAGAACAAUGGUGGCACCUUUAUCCUCCGAUGAACUCAAUUACAUGGUUUUCCGAUACCUUCAUGAAUCAGGAUUUUCACAUGCAGCAUUUACUUUUGGCUACGAGGCAGAGGUCAAUAAGAGCACGAUAGAUGGAAAUCUAGUUCCUCCUGGCGCUCUUGUUAAAUUUGUGCAAAAGGGUAUUCAGUAUCUUGAACUAGAAACAAAUUUGAGUAAUGAUGAUACCAAUAUGGAUGAAGACUUCCAGUUUCUACAACCUUUUGAUCUAAUUACGAAGAAUGUAGAUGAGCUGCAAAAAAUAAUAAAAGACAAAAAAGAAAAGCUUCAGAAAGAUAAACCUACGCAGAAUGAUAAGGCGAAUGCUGACCAUGAAAGGGACCACGAACGAGAACCUGCAAGAGAAAGGGAGAAGGAGAAACAACAGAAGGAAAAAGAGCGAGAACCUGCAAGAGAAAGGGAGAAGGAGAAACAACAUAAGGAAAAAGAGCGAGAACCUGCAAGAGAAAGGGAGAAAGAGAAACAACAGAAGGGAAAAGAGCUAGAACGGAACAGAGAAAGGAGUGAAAAGAACAAGGAGAUAGAAAAGCGCAAAGAAAAAGAAAAGCCACGCGAGGAUAUUAUGGAUUCAGAGCCGAGUGGAGGAAAAGAGGCUGCCGAACGUGAGGAAAAUAGAAAAGCUGGAGAUUUGGAGCCAAUGGAUAUCUGCACAGUCUCAACCUCUUUGCCGUAUGAAAUUCCUAGCUGUGAUGUAAUGGUUUUGGAAGGACAUACAUCUGAGGUUUUUGCUUGUGCUUGGAGUCCAGAAGGGUCACUUCUUGCAACUGGGUCUGGAGACUCUACUGCUAGAAUUUGGACUAUUGGAGAUGGUCCAUGUAACUCUGCUAUCCAAAGUGGGCCAUCAAAUGUUGUGGUUUUAAAGCAUUUGAAAAGUCGAGCUAAUGAGGAAAUCAUGGAUGUUACAACAAUUGAUUGGAAUAGCGAGGGUACCCUGCUUGCAACAGGUUCUUAUGAUGGCAAAGCUAGAAUCUGGAACCGAGCUGGGGAAUUGGUUAGUACUCUUAAUAAACAUAAAGGGCCAAUCUUUUGUUUGAAGUGGAACAAGAAAGGUGAUUAUCUCCUUAGCGGUAGUUUUGAUAAAACUGUCGUUGUUUGGGAUGUGAAUGAUGGCGAAUGGAAGCAGCAAUAUGAAUUUCAUUCAGGUCCGACGCUUGAUGUUGAUUGGCGAAACAACACUUAUUUCGCAACCAGCUCCACUGAUAAGAUGAUUCACGUUUGUAAAGUUGGGGAGCAUCGACCAAUCAAAACAUUCUCAGGACAUCAGAAUGAAGUCAAUACUAUCAAGUGGACCCCCACGGGUUCCCUGCUGGCCUCAUGCUCUGAUGAUCACACAGCUAAGAUAUGGAGCAUGAAACAGGAUUCUUGCUUGCAUGAUUUCAAAGGACAUCGCAAAGCAAUAUAUACCAUCGAAUGGAGUCCGACUGGCGCUGGUUCAAGCAAUCCGAAUAAACAGCUGUUGCUGGCUAGUGCUUCAUUUGACUCUACCGUGAAGCUAUGGGAUGUUGAACUAGGGCGUCUUCUUCAAAACUUAGACGGUCACAGGCAACCUGUUUACUCUAUUGCAUUUAGUCCGAAUGCUGAGUACUUGGCAAGUGGAUCAUUGGAUAAAUGCUUGAAUAUAUGGUCAGUGAAGGAAGCUAAGAUUGUAAGAACUUACAAAGGCGGUGGCGGUAUUUUUGAAGUGUGUUGGAACAAGGACGGAAACAAGGUUGCAGUUUCUUAUGCAGACAAUGCGGUUUGUGUGUUUGAUAUUCGACUGUAGAGGCUGAGGAAUAGCUUUGAAGGACUUGGGAACACCAGCAGGAAUUUCACAAUUCAAGAAACUCUGCGUUGUAGAAAUGCAGAACUAUUGGGGUGUCUAGUUACCUGCAUUGGGGCCGACUAAAUUACUACGGCACAUGAUUUAAACUUAGGGUUGUUGUUGUAAAAAUGCAGAACUAUUGAAGCUCAAACUAGCAUAUGUGAAGUCUCAUUGUAAAUAAGUUCUUUUGUGGUUUCUUGCUAGGUGUCUGGUUACCUGCAUUGAGGCUCGACUAAACUAUUACGGCACAUGAUCUAAACUUAGGGUUGCUGUUGUUGCUCGUGAAAAAUUGUCAUGGCUGUGAUUAUUCUGAUUAGAUGUAAUAUUAGUCACAUUGUCAAUUCCUUGUUCAAAAUUGUGCCCAAAAACCUGAGGGAUCGUUUGGUUCUCAAAGAAGUUAUAUUGGCGGGAAUUAUAAUAUAGGGAUUUAAAAUA